UCCUUUCUUUCAGCUGGAGUGCUUCUCAUGAGCCAGUUCCACCCUUAGAAAAGAUGGUUUCCGUGAGGCUCUUCUGCCUGGUCCUGAGUGUGGUGGGCACAGUAUGGACUGCAGAUACAGGUGAAGUUGAAUUUGUAGCUCAUGGAGGAGGUGUACGUGGUCCAAGAAUUGUGGAAAGACAGCAAUCUGCCUGCAAAGAGACAGACUGGCCCUUCUGCUCUGAUGAGGACUGGCACUACAAAUGUCCAUCUGGUUGUAGGAUGAAAGGGUUGAUUGAUGAAGUCAAUCAAGAUUUUACAAACAGAAUUAAUAAGCUCAAAAAUGCACUAUUUGAUUAUCAGAAGAACAAUAAAGAUUCUAGUUCCGUGACAAGGAAUAUAAUGGAACUUCUGAGAGGGGAGUUUGCCACUGCCAAUAACGAUGAUAAUACAUAUAACCAAGUGUCAGAAGAUCUAAGAAGCAGAAUUGAGGUUCUAAAGCGCAAAGUCACAGAACAAGUACAGCGUAUCCAGCUUCUGCAGAGAAAUGUCAGGGCCCAGCUGGUAGAUAUGAAACGACUGGAGGUGGACAUAGAUAUUAAGAUCCGAUCUUGCAAAGGGUCAUGUAGUAGGUCUUUAUCUCAUGAGGUAAAUCUAAAGGACUAUGAGGAUCAGCAGAGGCAGCUUGAACAAGUCAUUGCCAAAGACUUACAGCCCUCUAAAGACAGGCAAUACUUACUAUCGAUAAAAAUGAGCCCAGUUGCAGACUUAAUUCCUGGAGAUUUCAAGAGCCAGCUUCAGAAGGCCCCUCCAGAGUGGAGGGCACUAGUGGAAAUGAAGCAAAUGAGAAUGGAGUUAGAGAGGCCUGGUGGAGAUGGGAGUGCCAGAGGAGACUCUGCAUCUUAUGGAACAGGAUCAGAACCUGAAAGCUCCAGGACCCCUGGACGUGGUAGCACUGGACAUUGGAAACUUGAAAGCUCUGAACAUGGUAGCUCUGGUACUUGGAAACCUGGGAGUUCUGAACCUGGAAGUUCUGCCACUUGGAAGCCUGGGAGCUCUGGAUCUGGAGGUUUUGGGUCAGAUAGCACAGGACAUGGGAACAUUAGGCCUAUCAACCCACAGUGGGGUGAAUUUGAAGAAGUGUCAGGAAGUGUAAGUCCAGGGACAGUGAAAGAGUUCCACACAGGUAAACAAGUCACUUCUAAAGGAGAUAAAGAGCUCCUGGUUGGUGGUGAGAAGGUCACCUCUGGUAGCACAACCACCACUCACCGUUCAUGCUCUAAAAUCAUUACUAGGACUCUUAUAGGUGCUGAUGGUCACAAAGAAGUGACCGAAGAAGUGGUGAGCUCCAAACAUGGUUCUGACUGUGGUGACGCAACGGAUUUAGACAUGUUCCAUUCUUUGACUGGCAGAGGUAGCCUGGAUGAAUUUCGUCUUAGGCACCCCGAUGAAGCUACUUUCUUUAAAACUAGCUCAACAGGAAAAACAUUCUCAGAUUUAUUUUCAUCUACACUCGAAGAGUUUGGAAGUAAGAGCCAGUCUAGGGGCUCAGAAUCUGAGAUUUUCACAGACUCUGGGGUACCUGAGCUCCCUUCUGGUGGUAAAACUUCAAGUCACAGCAAACAAUCAGUAACCACUAGCGAAACUUUCAGCAAAGGAGGCUCCACAUUUGAAACCAAAGCCUAUAAAAUGGCAGAAGAAACUGGAAGUGAAGACCACAGAAGCGUGCAUAGCACCAUGAGAAGCCAUACUAAAACUCGUCAUGCCAGAGACUGUGAUGAUGUCCUCCAAACACAUCCUUCAGGUGCCCAAAGUGGCAUUUUCAAUAUCAAGCUACCAGGAUCCAGUAAGAUUUUUUCUGUUUAUUGCGAUCAAGAGACCGGUUUGGGAGGAUGGCUUUUGAUCCAACAAAGAAUGGAUGGAUCACUGAAUUUUAACCGGACCUGGCAAGACUACAAGAGAGGUUUCGGCAGCCUGAAUGACAAAGGGGACGGAGAAUUCUGGCUAGGCAAUGAAUACCUCCACAUACUAACCCUAAGGCACUCUGUCCUUCGGGUUGAAUUAGAGGACUGGGCGGGCAAAGGGGCUUAUGCAGAAUAUCACUUCCGGGUAGGUCCUGAGGCUGAAGGCUAUGCCCUUCAUGUCUCCUCCUAUGAGGGCACUGCGGGGGAUGCUCUGGUUGAGGGUUCUGUAGAGGAAGGGCCAGAGUACACCUCUCACGCAGACAUGCAGUUCAGCACCUUUGACAGGGAUGCAGACCAGUGGGAAGAGAACUGUGCGGAAAUCUAUGGAGGAGGCUGGUGGUACAACAACUGCCAAGCGGCCAAUCUCAAUGGCGUCUACUACUCUGGGGGCUCCUAUGACCCGAGGAACAACAGUCCUUAUGAGAUUGAGAAUGGAGUGGUCUGGGUCCCCUUCAGAGGAGCAGAUUAUUCCCUCAGGGCCGUCCGCAUGAAAAUCAGGCCACUGGUGACCAAGUAGAUUGAAGAGAGUGGGAGAAGGAGCACUGUUAUUAAAGUAGGAGGAAAAAAAGUU